AUGGGAAAUGAAGAUAUCAAACGCAAGGACGUUUCGACUCAGAAGGAUUGGCCUGAUGAUGAUAACCAUAACCCGUUCGUCGCCUUCCGGCGUUACGCCGAUGAGCAGGUCUCCAUGAUGCUUCAAUCUAUCACAGGCCUCCCUUCGAUGGUGACACAGCCUCAUAACAGCCACUGGGAUGUAUUUGCAGACACUCACGGCUACCAGAACCGGAUGGCUCGCCAAGGAACUGGUGAUUAUACGGACAACAGCAGCUGUCCAGCGGAUCGAGAUAGUGGAAGUGGUCAUCCGGGAAACAGAGAUGGAAACGAUCCACUCAACUAUGAAAAGAAAGUACGACCACACUGGCCUGAGAGCGAUAGUUUGUGGAGAAGGUGGUAUCAUGGACCAUCCGACUUCUUUGGCCUCGAUUCCUUCUUCGACGGGUUCUUCGAGGACCGCUUUUUCCCUUUCGCAUCGCAACUUCUAAACUCCGGCCACAACCGUCUCCUCCGGGAUACGUUUGAGGGCACUGACUCUCCAACCUGGCCGAUCGGAUAUAUCUUGUUCAGCCCAUACUCGCCUCUCCAUCUAGAACGCCAAGCGCAAUACCAAGCACACCAUGGAAAGGGCGGUUUCUCGUCUCUCAUGUCAUCGUUGCAUCUCAACUCCGACCGUGGCCACUCCGAACCGCAGUGGCAAGAAGCUUUUGAGGAUCUGCUUCGACUAGAGAACGAUAAGCCGAUGCUUGAUCGCAAUGCCUCCAUCGCGGGAUCUGAGUCCGGAAAGGAUUGGCUACAAGGGCUUGUGAAAAGAGGCAGCUUGGGAGAUAAGUGGAAUUAUGUGCCUGGAACAAAUGGCCAGCCUUGGUCAGGCAUUACGUUCUCUGGUCGUGCAGGCCCGGAGCAAGACCGGUCUCAGCCUCAGUCUUCAUCCGAGAAAGAGAAAGUCGUUACAGAUACGAAGGAGGCUGACAGCGAGCUGGAUCUGUAUGAGCGCUUUUUGUAUGACAUUGAAAAUCGCGAACGCGAGUUCUUCCGUGGUGUCUCCGAGAGCCCUCUUCUGCGUCUCCUCCUUGAGGAGCGACGACAGCAACCGGAAGAACUUGUGAAAUACAGAGGCAGCUCUUCAAAGGCUGAGAAUCAGCACAGCCAUGACGGUAAUGAGAAUUGGAUUGAUCUUGUAUCAUGCGGAAACAAGAAAUCUGUCCCGGAAACACCCAUGGAUUUGCCGGCCGAAAUCGAUACCAAGCCAACCGACGCUGUCUCGGAACCAGCGCAGUCUCGUGUCGUCUCCACUAUGACUCGAACGGAACGUGUGCGGCUUCCGGAUGGCUCGGUUGAGAGCAAGAUCGUCAACACGAGGCGUUUCGCAGAUGGUCGAGAGGAAAGUGAUGAGUCUGUUGAGGUAUCUCAUCCCCAGAGAAGUUCCAAACCUGAGUCCGACACUUCAAAGAACGGUUGGUUGUGGAGAGACUAG